AUGGAGUUAUUGAAUUUCUUUAAUACUCAAUUAUACGGCAAUAAAUUAGAUAGUACAAAAACUUUUUCAAAUACGAGAAAUUUGACUGCGAAUGACGUUACAAGUAUUGACAAAUAUGCACCUGCAAUAGAAGGGCUGAGAGGCGGCGGUGGAAUUUUUGCCAGAAAAGAAACUGAAAACCCGACUCAUAUAAAUACAUAUAAGUGCUGUAUGCAUGAUAAUGAUGCUGGUAGUAAAGCAUUCUCAGCACGAAACGGCCCAGGACAUCUUGCUUUAUUCCAAUAUAAUAUUAUUUGGACAUCAAUUGAAGAUACUAUCCAAGAUCUGUCCACAAAAUCAAAGGAUAGUAGCGAGCUAUCGACUAAUCCCAUUGCCUAUGUUUGGGAUGAUAUUGACAAAAAACCUGAGCAUUAUAAGUUUGGAGUCACAUCUGACUCUACAGAGUCUUGCAGUUUUAGUGUAGCAUCAUUUGCGAAAGAGAUUGAUUAUCUUGCUGCAAAAACUUCAAAUACAGAUUUAGGAGAAACAAGCAAAGUUUUAGAUCCAACAAGUUACACAUAUGUUGCCACACCUAUUACAAAAUUACCAUAUAAAACAACGUAUAUUGAUAUACCAAAAGCUAAUUUGGUUCAAGUCAAAUUAGAAAAUCAGCCCAAUCUAAGAUCUGUUGCCCGAACGUAUACUGCAACUAUACUUCCUAUUAGAACUCUCCCUCCUAAUCCAAAUUGGAGAACACCUGUAAGAUUUGAUCCAAAUUACAAUGGAAAAACAACAAUAACAAAAAUUUCAACGUACACAUUUAUUAAUUCGUUUACAACUACAUUUCGUGAGAAACUGACUUUUAUAAACGGUGAAUACAAAACUAUUGUUUAUCAAACAGAAAUAGAAACAGAGACUAUUAUAGAAAUCGUCAUUGAUGUUAAUGAACCACUUAUUGUAAAACCUGAAUCAUCAUCUCCUCAGAAGAAAAAUUCAAAUUUGUUUAUUUAUAUCGGAGUCGGCAUUGGAGUACUUGUCCUAUUAAUUAUCAUAAUUCUUGUUAUAUUUUUAGUAAAGAAACGUAAAGAAGAUCCAACUGAUGAAGAUGAACAUGAGAUGGCUGCUGAAGUUGUUUUGUCUCUUUCAAGGACAUCAAACACAACAAUGGUUACAACAGAUAAUCCAUUCUGGGCAACAACAGCUUUAAGUGAUACAGACGAUCCUUUCAAGAAGGAUUUCGAAGAAGAAAAAACAGCUGAUUACUAUAAGAUUAUUCAUUCUAAAAAGUUGUAA